AUGCUCCCGGCCGCCGCCCCGCGCCCUCCUCCUCUUCUGUGGCCUCCGCCCGCCGAGCCCCCCGCUCCCCCCUGGGCCUGGGUGCUGCCCGCGGCCGCGGGGCUGCUCCGGGUGGGCGCUGCCACCGCCGGGGCUCCGCCACCGCCGCCACCGCCGCCACCACCGCCACCAGCGCUGCUGCUGCCGCCCCCCGCGCUGGUGCGGCCCGGGCCGGGCUGGCGCGGCCCCGCAGAGCCCCCGCUGCUGCCGCUGCUGCCCGGGGAGCCGCUCCUGCACGGCCAGUGGAUAUUUGGAGCUCAUUCGCCGGUCGUAGGAUUUUCCCCUUCUUCCAGCGUGGAAUUCGUGCCGGUGCUCCCUCCCGUGUACACAGCCACGGUGCCGCCCCACGCUGGGAAGGGCUGGAUUGAUAAAAGGCUGCCCAACUGCAAAAUCUACCUGAACAAUGCCUUUGCCCUGGACUCGGCCUGGGUCCAGCCUGAGGAGUCCAGGCUGUUCCAGGGGGCUGAGAAGCCUCUGCUGCUGAGCAGCCAAGUAGCCAUGGCUGUAGCCAGGCCAGCUGCUGCCUCCAGGCCACUGCCCACGCUCGUCCUGGCCCCUCAGCUGAUCCCAGGUGGUUGCCAGAACAGCCUUAAAGCCAUGGGUGGCACCCAGAGCCUGGCCCUGGUGUCCCUGGAGCCCGAGCCCCCCCAGGGUCCCCCGGGGCCGAGCCUCCAGCCCUGCCACCUCCUCACCUUGUCCCCCAUCAAAGUCCCACUGCUGGCCUCGCCCUUCCCAGGUUCUGCCUCCAGGCUGGACACUGCCGUGGGCCCCUUGGUGCCAGCACAGGUCACCCGUGUCACCGCCGUGUCCGCGCCCGCCGUCACCCUGGUGGCCACCAACCUGAUGGAGCAGGCACGAGCAG